ACCUGGCUUCGAGAAGAAGGGUGGAGAAAGAGCGGGGUGGUAUCAACUGCUUUGGCUGCCUCAGGGGUUCAGAUAGCCAGAGCCAGCAGGAAGAGGUGUCCAAGCGAGGCUCCGCCUGCACCCCAGGGUGCAGGGGGAGGGGAGAAGGCGGUGUAUAAGAGCCCGGCCCUGCACUGUACUGCACACUUGUCCCAGCCUAGACCAGAACCUAGAUCAGAUCGGAGACUGCUGUGGAGUAGAAGUGGCCCGUCCUUGUCUAGCUGCCCCUGAGAGACUGUAAAGCACCAUGGCAGGAUCCCGUUUCCUGCCCCUGCUGGUUCUGCUGCUGGGCUCAGCCCUGGUAACUGCCGAAUGGGUUCGUGUAGACUCUCCUGAGGUCCACACCGACAGUCAGCCUCACCAAGGAGCCCGUCAGCCUCACCAAGGAGCCCGUCAGCCUCACCCUGGAGACCGUCAGCCUCACCAAGGAGACCGUGAGGGUGACGGGAACGGGGACAGGAUUAUCGAUGGCUACGAGUGUGAAAAAGGCUCCCACCCUUGGCAGGUGGCCCUGCUCAAGGGCAGCCAGCUGCACUGCGGCGGCGUCCUGGUUGACAAGCGCUGGGUGCUCACGGCCGCCCACUGCAAGAUGGGCCAGUACACUGUGCAGGUGGGUAGUGACAAGCUCGGGGACAGAAGCGCUCAGAAGAUUAAGGCCACAAAAUCAUUCCGCCACCCGAAGUACUCCACACAGACCCACGAGAAUGACAUCAUGCUGGUGCGGCUGGAUAACCCAGCCAGGAUGUCGUCCAGUGUGAAGGCCGCCAACCUGCCCACCCGCUGCGAACCCGCUGGGACCUCGUGUUCCGUCUCUGGCUGGGGCACUAUAACCAGCCCUCAAGUGACCUUCCCGGCCCAGCUCAUGUGCACAGAUGUGCACCUCAUCGCCCCCAGUGAGUGCAAGAAGGUGUACAAGGACCUGCUGGGACAAUCCAUGCUGUGUGCCGGCAUCAAGGACUCCAAGACCAACACCUGCAACGGUGACUCAGGGGGACCGCUGAUGUGCAGAGGUACUGUGCAAGGCAUCGUGUCCUGGGGAACUUUCCCCUGUGGCAAACCCAACGACCCAGGUGUCUACACCCAAGUCUGCAAGUACACCACGUGGGUGAAAAACACCAUGAGAAGGCGUUCCUAAUGCAGCACCGGCAGUCUGA